AUGAAACAAACUGUUGACUUGUGUAAAGAAUUCCCGAAUCUAACUCAAGUUCAUUUUGUAAAUCAUUUCCCUACAUUAGCAAGACUCAAGUCCUUUAUCUUGGAGUCUCUUUUUCCUAGUCAUUGCCCACAUUUGAGAGUAAUUGAUAUUACUUCUGGAGAAUUAAAUGCAUCUCAACACCAAAGUAUGAAUGGAGGAUCUGUAAAGCAACAAGUCACACCUAUUCAGAGAUUAAUGUCUGAAGAGGACUUUCCUGUAAUUGUUGAUUAUGCUCUUUUAGUUUUACCUGACACUGCCUCUACAAAAAGUGCUUCUGGUGCUGGAGGGGGAGGAAGUGGUGGAAGUCGCUAUUUGAAAAUGAAUGAUGAACAAACUCUGUCAUUUUUAAGACAAUUAAUUGAAAAAUAUCAUGUACCAAUCAAUACAUGCAUACAGGGGAAAUAUACUUUCUUAUCAGGUGCCUGUCAUAAUGGGCAUUUCGAAUGUAUCAAAUAUUUGUUGAAUUUUGGAGCAAAUAGCAGAAAGAAUUUAUCAAAAUCGACUGAUAGUUUAAGUAGAAGCAUCUCUUACGAUUUAAUUAGUUAUGCUGAAAGUGCAGAAAAAGAAAUUUUACUUUUGAAAUCUCAGCCAAAUAGAGCUAUGUAUUUUUCAUUUAAAAGAAAUUUCUGCAUUGCUCCUCUUAUAAUAAGUUUAAAGGAGAAUAUUAUUAAUUUUUUAUUGGAACGCCAGGUAUCUUUAUGCGAAUAUCAAAUUGGUUCUAUUAUUCAACACUUAAGAAGAUCAUUAGCAAACAUUUCACUGGUUACUCCUGAGCUUAAAUUAAAAAUUUUAGAAAAGAAAAAGAAACAAGAACAACUGUUUUAUAAUUCAUUAAGGAAGGUUAAUGCAUUUUUAUUCAAUUUUGAUGAUUUGGAUAGAGAGACUGGCUGUUCUCCAGUGCACCAAAUUUUAGAUUAUUCAAGUUUAAGAUUGAUUUUUGACAAGAUGGGAAUUUAUCCAAUAUCUGCCUCUACGGAAUCUCUAACAGAUGAGGUUAUCGAUAUUGUAAACAGAAAGAAUAUUUAUACUGGAGCAACAAUCAUACACUUGUUGUGUGCCUCUUCUUCUUCAAUAAGCAAGAUGUACCAACCAACUUCAAUAACUGAACUCAUAUCCAGUCUGAGUAGACCAGAGAGCUCAAAUCUUACAGUUCUUGAUAGUGAGGUUUUCCACAAUAUUCAACACUUGCAUAAUGCAUUGGGGGCCAAAUUGGAUAUUUAUGAUAUGAAUGGUAUGAUGCCAAUUCAUUUAUGUAUUGAUAUGGAGAGGUAUGAGUUGGCUAGAGAGUGGCUAAAAUGGAAACCAUCACAUGCACUCUUUCUUACUAAAUCUACCAAUGAAUCAAUAUUACACAUACUAACAGAGCACCUUUUCCAAUCCCUUUUCGAGUUUAGUGCCUCAAGUAGUGAGGAUGAGGGUUACAGAAGAUGUAUGAACAAUAAUUUUAUUCUUGAAUCACCUGCUUCACCUUCUUCAGAUAUUUCAAUCCCUCUCAAAGAUAGGUUAGAGGAUAGCCUGUUAGAGAAACGAAGAAUGGAGAUGGUAGAAAAAGAACGAGAGAACAAGGUUACUAGAAUUAUUUCACUUUUCAAAGUUAUUCUAACUGGGUUGGAUUUGACUAAUCGCGAGAAACAAGAGCUUAUUAGUGUAGAAAAUGAUCUUGGGAGCAAUGUUUUGGAUAUGAUUGAAUCAUCUAUUGAGGAAAAUAGCUAUGAGGAAGAUGAUGAAUUCUUUAGACAACACAUUUACCAGCUGAAACAAUUAUUAGAAUAUUAA